CUCUUUCCUGCUACUCCCUGUUUUUUAUUUUCUCUAGUUUCUUUCUUUCUUUAUUUUCUCUUCCAUUGAAGAGUCAUUUCAUUUCAGGAAGCUUUUCUUUGUAAGAAUGAAGGCGGCAAGGAGUAGAGCAGCUGCAACAAGGAAGGACAGCAAGGAAGCAAAACAGCCUGCUGAGAACAAGAUCGUAGGGAAGCGAAAGGUGGCAAGCCGAGCUGAUAAGAUUGACCAAAAACGCUCAAAGAACGUAACGUCAGCCAAGAAAGACCCGAAUAAACCAAAGAGACCUGCCACUGCUUUCUUUGUUUUUCUGGAAGAGUUUAGAACAAUUUACAAACAAGAACAUCCCAAAGUGAAGGCUGUCUCAGCUGUGGGCAAAGCAGGGGGGGAAAAGUGGAAAUCGAUGUCGAAUGAAGAGAAAGCUCCAUACAAAGCAAAAGCAGCAAAAAGGAAAUUGGAAUACGAGAAGCUCAUGGCAGACUACAACAAGAAACAGGAAACUACCGAUGAUGAGGAAGAAGCCGAUUCCGAAUCAUCAAAAUCCCAAGCGAAUGACAAGGAUGAUGAAGAGAGUGAGAAGGACGAAGAAGAUGAGGAUGAGGAUGAUGAUUGAAUCUGGGGUGGCUUCGGAUUAAGUUGUGUAAAUGAACCAAAAUACUGUCUUAGUGACUCUGUAUGAUUGUGUGUUUGCUUUAAAAAGUGUGUUUGGCUUUUCGUUGUGAAAGAAACAGCUCCUGUAUGUCUAUACUAGUCUCUUAAGCUCGUAAGGUUUACAGUUAUAUAUAUUCAGUCAGCUUUUAUA